AUGCCUUACGACACCAUGACCAGCAUGGCAGAGAGCUCAAUGGCGGCCUCGGCAACAACAAUCAGGCCACGCAAGCCGCUCUCGGCCUCGCACAGGCCAACAACUUGGUAUCUGGGAGCACAGGGACCACGGAGCGGUGCUGGCGCACUCGGCGCUGACUUAUACACGCCGGUCGAGCAAAAGUCGCCCAACCCGUUCCAUGCGCCCCCAACAAGUUUCCGCUCGCCCCACUCAUCCAUCAAGGGCAAGCACAAGCUCUCCCCCUCUCCGUCUCCCCGCGCUGGGAUGGCCUACGAGUUUUCUUCACCAGUUUCCCGUCCCGCGCUGGCCGCAUUGACGCCGAACCGGCAGUCCGACUCGUCGUCGUCACCGGGCGCAGAGAGCCCCACCCCGGCGAUCCCCCCAUCAAAACUUCAUCUCGCAGACGACGACAGCCCGAUUCGCCAUGUCCCAGGACACAGCAGAAGUCUGGCUGCAGCAAGAAAUCGUAGCGGGGUCGACUUAUUUUCCCCCGAACCACCGGCCAGCCCCACGCUUCGCCACCACAGCAAGAGCGACAUGGAUGACUCACCGACGGCAAACAAGAUCCUCUCGGCUCAGAGACACCACCAUGCGCCCCCAACACCCCUGUUCCAGAGCCUCCGCGCGUCCCAGUCGCAGGACUGUAACCCCUGGAAGCAGCCCCGCAACAACUCGUCGAGGAUACCUCGUCUGUCAAUCUCGCACCCCAUUCGGCCAAGAUCCGGAAGUCUCGCCCAGAAGAAGGCAGUGUCACUUGGUGACAUCCAGGUUGACAAGAUGGAGGACUCACCGUUCGGCACCGCCUUCAUGCAUGCGCGCAAGGCCAGAUCGUCAUUGGGGCCGGCCCCCGUUGGCUUUUCCGGUCGUGAGCGCAGAAGAGCAUCCGGCGAGCAGUCCAUCUCGCGCUCGGUUGGCCACAAGUCGGGCCUCUCGCUCUCGCUCUCCGCCGGGUUAGUCUCCAUGCCCGACUUUGCGACCUCGAACUCGUCCAUCUCCUCGGCUUCAUCAUCGAGCAUCACCCCACCACCUUCCGCUGAGUCUCUGUUCGAGAAUGUCAAGCCCAACCCCGAGGUGUUCGAGGCCGCGGCUUCGGGCAUCAAGCAGAAGUUCAAGCCCCGCGACUCGACUGGCUCGCUCCCCGGGGCUGAAGAGGACCGCGCCAAGAUGCCACCGCCAUCUGUGCUUCGCAUCAACACGGCUCCCAAGGUCGAGUACUCGGUCAAGAGAGCGAGAUCACUGGGCAACCGGCCAAUCGAGACGCCCAUCGAGGCCCCCACCGACUUGGCCAGCAAGUUUGACUUUGUCGUUGAAGGCGUCUCUAGCUUUGCCUUUGGCAAGAACGACGACAAGCUCACCAUGCCCGACACGCCCGUCAAGAAGCAGGCUUUUGGCGGACGGUCAUCUGGCCGAAUCCAAAUGUCGCUGUCGCACCCCGUUCUUGGGACGCAGCAGGAGGUCGUGUACAAUGAGCCAAUGCCCUCGCUCUCUGCGCCUUCUCCAACGCCUUCGUCGGCCCGCAAGUCACCUUCUGUGCCCCAGUUGACGAUCACGGCAACCUCGUCCCCCGACAGCGCCAUGGACACGGAUGAGCAGAGCCCAACGGUCCCACUUGGCUCUGCCCGCAAGGCCAACGGCGAACCAACUCGACUGGGCAUUCUUCGCCGCAUCAGCAGCACCAUUGGCAGCAGCGACUGCAGCGAGGACGAGUCGACUCCGACCAAGGGCGGCGGCGAGGGCAAGAUCCUGACGCAAGCGUCGACGUUGACCACCCCUACGCCAUCGCCCAAGGCUCCCACCUCGCACAACGCGGCCCCCGUCCAGGUCCAGAAGGACGGUCUGGUGCCUCGCUUAUCGCUGCCGACAUUCGGCCAGUCCAAGAGCCACAAGAGACUGAGCCACCGCCAGUCGCACCCCCUUGCCCCGCCCAGCAACCUGCCCGACGAGGAGGACAUUUUCGAGUCGCGCUUCGUCUCCAUGCAGCCACUCGGCAAGGGCGCAUUCUCGACCGUGCUCCAGGUGCGCGAGCGCCACGGCGAGGGAAUCUUUGCCGUCAAGCGCACCCGCGGUGUCUUUGACGGUGUCAAGGCGCGCCUCCGACACCUCGAGGAGGUUGACAUUCUCCGUCACCUGUCGAACCCGCCCAACCCCCACGUCAUCCACUUUGUCGACGCCUGGGAGCAGAACCGCCAGCUGUUUAUCCAAACCGAGGCAUGCGUCGGCUCGCUUGCGGCCUUCCUCGCUGUUUUCGGCGAAGAGCACGAACGACUGGACGAGGGACGCGUGUGGAAGCUCGUCCGCGACCUCAGCGACGGUAUCAACCACAUCCACUCGCACGGUGUCAUCCACUUUGACAUCAAGCCCGACAAUAUUCUUGUCGGCGCCGACAAGAGCCUCAAGAUUGCCGACUUUGGUCUCGCUACUCGCUGGCCGAGGAUCUCACCCGCCGAGAUCAUUGCUGGCUCUGGUCUUGCCGGCUCUGUCGGUACCAUCAUCAAGGAGGAGAAGCUCGAGCGCGAGGGCGACCGCGUCUACAUGCCGCCCGAGGAGCUCCGCGGCGUGUUCGUCAUGGCCGCCGACAUCUUCAGCUUUGGCCUCGUCGUCCUCGAAUCGGCCAUGAACAUUUACCUCCCCGACGGCGGCCCGAGCUGGCACGCGCUGCGCGACAACAACUUUGCGUGGCUCGACCUCUCUCCGCUGUCCCCUGCGCUCGCCGACCUCAUUGUCAACUGUCUCCAGGCUGUGCCUGAGGCACGUCCGACAAUCGCCCAGGUUGUCGAGCACCCGGUCGUCCAGCGAUCAUACACUGGCGGCGCGGCGCUGGCUCCCGAGGACCCCAGCUGGCUCAUCAGCGUCCUCGGUGGUGGGGGCUUUGCUCCUUCCCCCCGCGCUACCAUCGGCUCCAUCGACAUCGAGGGCGACGUUGUCAUGGAAUAA